AUGGACACCAACGAGGAAGACGAUCACCCCUACAUCAACGAAGAAACCGAGGUCGGACAUGGCGUGGUUCAAGUAAGACGAGCACCAUUGCAACGCAUUGUUCCGCCUCUCAAUUUCUGUCCUGUGGAGAGGUAUCUCUACCGGUCAGGCCAGCCUUCGCCUGUGAAUUUCCCCUUUUUGCUUGACUUGCAAUUGAAAACCAUUAUUUGGCUAGCAAAUGAAGAACCACAGGAUACGUUAUUGGAAUUCUGCGAUGCGCAUUCCGUGCAAUUGCAGUUUGCUACGAUCAAUCCAGAAGGUGGAGAAGACGAUAAUCCAUGGGAUGGGCUGACGGAACAUAGCAUCGUGGCAGCUCUCGAAACUAUAGUGAAAGCCCAAAACUAUCCAUUGUUGGUCUGUUGUGGAAUGGGACGGCACAGGACCGGGACGGUAAUCGGGUGUCUACGUCGAAUAAUGAAUUGGAACCUGGCGUCUGUUUCAGAGGAAUAUCGGAGAUUUACUGGCAGCAGAGGUGGGCGUAUUUUGGUAGAACUGUUGAUAGAGGCAUUCGACACCGGGUUGGUCAAGAUAGAUCGCGCACAGGCUCCGCAAUGGCUUAAUACCUGA